AUGCUUUUAUUAUUAUUUUUUAAUUUAAUAUUUCUCCAUUUUCAGUGGAAAAAAUAUUUGGUUUGGCUGGGAGAAUGGCUAUCUAAGAUGUAUUUAUCAAAUUAAAUUAAAGAAAGCAUUAGCUAUUGAUCCAAUCAAAUGCAUAUUGUAAUAAAGGUGGAAUUUUUAUUAAGCUCUGGUAUGUAAUUAUUUAAAUUUAGGAUUACCCAUCAAAACCUUGUAGGGAAGGCAAAAUAUUAAAUCAAAAUAAAAAUGCCUGUAAUAAUAAAGGUAUACAAUAUGAUUGAAACAUAGGUCCAAUUUAAAUUCCUAUUUAGAAAGACAAUAAAUCAAAAUUAAGAAGAGGUGUUAAAAAUCUUAGCUAUUUUGUAAUUGAUUAUUUUUUCCAAAAUCAAUUUUGAUUAAUGAGAGUUUUUGUGAAACUUCAUAUAGAUUCAAUAUUGAUUUUAGUACAAAUUUCAAUUCCAAAUAACUAAAACUUCUAAGACCUCUUAUUUUAUUAUAUG